CGCUGCUGCAGCACCCCCAAACGACCACCCCCAGCAGAAAACCACGCGAACGAUUGCUAGCUCAUCACUUACGGAACUACACGGGCGACCAACCGCUGCGCAUCUCCGAAUCGACUCGCCAGUAUCACGCCUGCGGCCCACCGCCGGCCGACGAAUCCGAGUCGACCUGGCCAGUGGCUAUGGCAUCGACCUGCCACUACUCACUUGGCUAUCGCUCUCUCGGUGCCUUUGAACAGUCUCACCAUGGCUGCUGAAGGCGACGGAGGAUCCAGCAAUGGGCAUGCCGCGAAGCCUCGGCCUCCGGGCGAGUCGCGUUCUGAGCACCAACACAACUACGGUGAGACGAGUCGCUGGCAAGAGAAGACAGCCCAGCUAGUGGCCGAAGUUGGUGCCUUUCGCUACCCGACACCGCCUAUGGAGACAUUUCCCGAAUUUAAACCACCCAGAGCCACAUCAGACGCAGCUGUCACACAAGAGGAUGAGCUCGGCAGCAUAUCACACGCACCUGUCUUCGACUCCAACGACGUCAGCGAUGCCGAAGUGAGCGACUCGAUCGCGGCAACGGCCACGCCGGCUGCUGCCCUGCGCCGACCCCCUUCGCAAUCACAAUCCUCGAAAAAGAACGACACACCCAGCGAGCCGAGCACCCGCAAACUUUCGGCCUCCCAAAUUCAGGCUCUGACCGCCUCGCCAGAGUCUUUGCCAGUCGCAACGGUGCACACGAUCGCAAACGGGGCUCCUCGCAAGCCGAGCGGAGCCGAGUAUCCAUUAUCAGCCAGCAUGGUUGACCAGAAACUCCAGAGCCAUCUGAAUGCUCUACUUCAGGCACCCUCACCAGCUGACGCGAUUUCGAGUACACCACAGUCGGCAGCGUCCACGGAUGCCCAGUUCUUUGCAAGCAGGGUAGAGUCUCGAAGACCAGGAUCUUCACGAACCGUGUCGACGCCACCUGUUGAUAGACGAUCUGCAUUUGGGCCACCUCCCAGUCUUCCCUCAAAUACAAGACGAAACUCGUUCAAUCCUCUGCCACGGCCGGCGCCGCUGAAUCUGGGCGUCAGUAGUAACCAUGUGCCAUCACCAGCCUUGAAGCCACAAGGCAUCCAAUCGGGUUCGCGCGGAGAGAAGCAAGAACGCGCCGAGGUCGCUAACGAAGCUAUGCCGCCCUCGCAAAUGAUGCCGGGACUUCCCCUGCCACCAAUGUCGCUGCCCACACAUCUCCAGCUGGAGUUGGCGGCUCAGCGGCCCAGUCCACUAUACAUAUAUGGUGCACAGGCAGCAGAUACGCCAUACGAAUCUAGCGCCGUCAAAUUCGAACGGCUCAUGAACGCCAUAUAUCUGUUUCCGAAGCUUGAGUCUAUGCUUUUCUUUGGUGUGCUGGCGUGUCUGGACGCAUGGCUAUAUACUUUCACGAUCUUGCCUAUGCGCUUCGUCAUUGCUGUCUGGAUCCUGAUACAAUGGUGGGCCUAUGUUAUCUGGAAGGAAGUAUGCUGGGUGACCAGCUUUGUGUGGCAAGGCAUCGGUCGUGUUUGGCGACGCGGCCGUGGGCGAGGGAGGACCCAAACGAACACCGAUGGUUUCCACAGAUCACGCAGCGCCGCAUCUAGUCGAGCUUCGAGCCGUGCGCCAAGUCGAGCACCAAGUAGAGCAGCCAGUCGAACGCGUGUGAGCGACAACAGUCACACUACCCGAGGCCACAAUGGAUCGGCGACUUUUAAUGGCACGCCACUAGAACCCUCCUCGGUUGAUACGCCACGUCUCAGUGGGACACGCGUGUUCCAUCCGCCCAAACACCCCUUGCCACGGCAGAACAUUUCACGACAUCGGCGGACCAAAUCGAUGCCAUCCAAUCUCAAUUCGUACCACAAGGCCGAUUUGAUCCAGGGAGCAAUCAUCAUCUGCAGUUCCAUCGCCUUGAUGGACCUUGACGCCAGCCGAGUCUACCAUUUUAUCCGGGCGCAGUCGUCGAUGAAGCUUUACGUUAUCUACAAUAUCCUCGAGGUCGGGGAUCGCCUGCUAUCAGCUGUUGGUCAGGACUUCUUUGAAUGUCUGUUCAGCUCCGAGACUCUCUCUCGAAACAGUUCUGGAAGGUCAAAGCUCUUGCUCCCCUUCUGCAUGUUUGCAGUGACUCUGGUAUACAACAUUGUCCACGUGCUCUGUCUGUUCUAUCAGGUCAUUACGCUCAACGUGGCAGUCAACUCGUACUCGAACUCUCUGCUCACCCUGCUGAUCUCGAAUCAAUUCGUUGAGAUCAAGGGCGCCGUUUUCAAGAAGAUCGAGAAGGAGAACCUCUUCCAGCUCACAUGUGCCGACGUGGUAGAGCGUUUCCAGCUCUGGAUUAUUCUGUUGAUCAUUGCCAUGCGCAACAUCGUCGAGGUUGGGGGCUGGUCGGUGCCUUCCGUCAGUACCGACUGGGAAAGCGCAGCGGCCAAGUCAGGUCCUCAACAUACGAGCUCGAUCAUUCCGGCCAGCUUCAAACUAUUGCCAAACUGGCUGUUCUCCGGCGACGUGGUCUCGCCCUUUAUUGUUGUCAUCGGAAUCGAGAUUGCGGUAGACUACAUCAAGCACGCUUACAUCAACAAGUUCAACAACAUCAGGCCAACCAUCUACAGCAGGAUGCUGGACGUCCUGGCGAAGGACUAUUACACAAAUGCAUUCUCUGCGCCGUCGCUAAUUCGUCGGAUCGGCCUGCCACUCAUCCCCCUGUCGUGCCUGUUUAUUCGUGCGUCAUUGCAGGUGUACAAUAUGUUCCUGGCCACCCACCUGCCGCCCCCCUCCCAACCGACGUCAACGAUGGACCUGUCCAUUGAGUCGUCCUCGCCAUCCUCUCCUGCCAUGACGGCAGCGCUUGAGCAUCUGGACACGCUGAUUCGCAAUGCCCUGGGUCGUGCCGUAUACGGGGAUGGUACCGGAACGACCCAGGUGCGACCAUUCUGGAGCUAUACCUCUGACGACAUCAUCGCGCUCGUGACCAAGGUUGUCUUUUUCUUCCUGGCGUGGGUUGUGCUGCUCAUUGUCAAGCUGCUGCUCGGGAUGGUGCUACUGCACUUCUCUCGCAAGCGUUAUGGAGAGGUCAAACUACGCGAGCACCUGGUGGCCACUGGUAAGGCUGAGCGGGAAGUUCACAGCCAGCCGGGCGUGAAGCGCAUUGGCGGUUGGGGAGCCGUCGAGCUAGGGGAUGACCGAAGGAAGCGGAUCUACGAAGACGACAAAGAAGGCCUGGAGAAGAUGCGGACACGAGAGCGCAAGACAGAGGAGAAGAACGCAGGGCCCCCGCCAGGAACGAUGGCGCCAUCAGACGUCGAAGGUCUGGAGAAGGUUGUGCGGUACGAGAUGGGGCCCUCGAAGAGGAUCUGGUGAUCCUUGAGUGGCCACGCAGCAGAAGGCGAAAUUCCAUUAGCAAAGCAUGAGCAUCAGCAUCGGCAUUGGCAUCUAGCAUUUAGUAUAAUUACGGCGCGGCGUUACUUUGCAAAUUGAGUCGUGUCUCAUCUUCUGAAAA